CUCUUCCCUUCUCCGCCAUAAAUACUUUCCUCCUGAUGCCCUGUUUCAUCUCGUUCGCAAGCAUUUGCUGUUUUCUGCCCUGCAUUUUCUUUUGAAUCAUCCCUAACAUCCUUAAAACACCACAAACUAAACUCAGAAUCUCCAAAAACAGAGAUGGCACGCCAAUUUGUUGCGCUUCUCCUUGUUUUCUUGGCUGUUGCAGGGGCAGUCUCUGCAGCCUCCUCACCUUCACCCUCUCCAUCCACUUCCCCCGCCUCCGCCACUCCCAAAGAAUCUCCAAAGUCAUCUCCAUCUGCCUCCCCUGCCGCAACUCCCAAAGAAUCUCCAAAGUCAUCUCCAUCGUCCUCCCCUGCCGCUACCCCUAAGGGCUCCUCUGCUCCUACUCCCUCCCCUGCUUCUAAGAGUCCCAGCCCCAAGAGCUCCACUUCCCCUGCUGGGGCUCCCAAUGCCGACUCUCCCGAGAGCUCUGCUUCUGCCUCUCCUCCGGAUGCGGGGUCCCCUGAUGUCUCAUCCCCUCCUACCCCUGGCAUUGAUGUUGAUGUACCUUCCCCUGGACCUGCUGCUGGCACCACCGCUGACGCUCCCAGCACUGAUACCCCCGCCCCUGCACCACCUAAGGCUGGCGCCGCUGCUCUCAAGGCCUCUGGUAUCGUUGGUGCCGCAGCUGUCGCCGGCUUCCUCUUCUUCUAAGCUCGUCAUUAACGUAUAAACAGGAAUCUCCUGAUGAUAUAACAUAUAUUGUUAGAUUAUCUGGAAAUGGAAAUGACGGUUUGAAUUGUAUCAAUCUUUAAGGAGCCGAUACAAACAACAGGAGGCCUGCCCCUAAGAUUAGAAUCAGAUUAUUUUAUAUUCGCAAUUUUUUUUUUUGGGGGUAAAUAAACAAUAUACCAAAAUAUAAAUAUGUAUAUAUAUAUAUAUUUAACUAGCUUAUAAAUUGUUGGAAAUUAC